AUGGCUUCCUCACACACCAUGACCAACCUCACCACAGAUGAAUCAGCUUUUCUAGCAUUCAAAGCCCACAUAACUUCAGACCCUUACAACAUCUUGGCAACCAACUGGUCCACCACCACCACCACCUCAACCACUAUUUGCGACUGGAUUGGUGUCUCCUGCGGCGUCCGCCACCGGAGAGUCACUGCCUUGAAUCUAUCCAACAUGGGUCUCCGGGGAACCCUCGCUCCGCAUCUGGGAAACCUCUCAUUUCUGGCUUCACUUGACAUUAGUUUCAACAAUUUUCAUGGCUUUCUACCCCAAAAACUGGCUCACUUGGGUCGGUUGAAAGAGGUUGAUUUGUCAUUUAAUGAGUUCACGGGAGAGAUACCCUCUUGGUUUGGAACCUUCACAGAUCUUCAACACAUGCACUUGUACAAUAAUUCUUUCCAGUUUCCAAACACACACCGGAGAGUCACCACCUAUGGAGCAGAAUUCAUUGGUGUUCGCCUGUGA